ACAUCUGCCAGGGAAGGCAGGGACAUCCCCGUCCCACAUCUGGGCUGGAUCCUGCUCACUAGGAGGCUGCAAUUCCAGGGAUCCAGGACAUGGCAUGAAGCGAUUGUCAGCUCCUUCUGUCUCUGCAAGAUCGCACUGAGAGCAAUGUGUCUUAUUCUGGCAGAGUGUCUGCAGUGAGAUGAGGCCCCACGCGCUGGCUUUCCUCUGCGUCUUCCUCUUGGUGCCCUUCCAGGGAACUCAUGGCCAGGAGGAGGAGGAAGAGGGCUAUGAGUAUUUUUUGGAAAUACCUACAGAAGAGGAAAAUGAUGAAAUCUUUGAGGCGAUGCCAACACCGACAGCCCUGCAGUGCCCCAAGGAUUGCACCUGCACCCAGGAGGGGGUGGUGGACUGUGCUGGAGUGGAUUUGAGGGAGUUUCCCACCGACCUCCCGGAAUUUACAAACCAACUCUCUCUGCAGAAUAACCAGAUAGAAGAUAUUCCACCAGAAGACCUGACAAGACUUUACAGACUGGAGACCCUCAACCUGCAGAACAACCGUCUGACUACAAGAGGAUUAGCUGAUGAUUUGUUUGAGCAGCUGGAGAACCUGAGUUACUUGUACUUAGCAAACAAUAAGCUGACGAUGGCGCCCAGGUUCCUGCCGAACUCCCUGAUAAGUGCAGACUUUGCGGCCAAUUAUAUAACUAAGAUCUACGGAAUGACGUUUGGGCACAAGCCAAACCUACGGUCUGUGUAUCUGCACAACAAUAAACUGACUGACGCUGGGAUACCGGACAACAUGUUUAAUCGCUCUGACAAUGUGGAGAUCCUUAUAAUGUCCAGCAACUUCCUGAAGUACGUUCCCAAGCACCUGCCCCCUGCACUGUACAAACUGCACCUGAAGAACAAUAAGCUGGAGAAGAUCCCGGAAGGCGCUCUCAGUCAGCUGUCUAACCUGCGUGAGCUCUACCUGCAGCACAACCUCCUGACCAAUGAUGGGAUGAACAAUGAGACAUUUGGGCGACUGACCAGGCUGGAGUACCUGGAUCUCUCCAGCAACAACUUCACCCACAUUCCCAGUGGGCUCCCACGUAACAUUGUCAUCCUGCACCUGGAGAAGAAUUCCAUCCACUCUAUAUCUGAGGAUGUUCUGACUCAGAUAAAGAACCUGGAGUACCUCCUGCUGCACAAUAACAAGCUGAGAGCGUGGGGAAUCCAUCCAUCAGCCUUUCUGGGGCUAAAGAAGCUUCACACUGUCCACAUGUACAACAACCUGCUGGAGAAAGUGCCCUCAGGACUGCCCCGCAGGGUGAAGACACUCAUGCUGCUCCAUAACCAGAUCACCAGCAUCUCCAAGAAUGACUUUGCCACCACCUACUUCCUGGAGGACCUGAAUCUGAGCUACAACAAGAUCAUAAGCAGCGCGGUCCAUAGAGACGCUUUCCGGAAACUCCGGCUCCUCAAGACCUUGGAGCUGUCGGGGAAUAAUUUGAAGUCUGUCCCAUAUGGGCUUCCAAAGAACCUAGAAGUUCUGAGACUGAAGGAAAAUGAGAUCAGCUCGGUGCCGCAGGACACGCUGGCUGGGAUGUCAAAGCUGAAGGAACUCUAUCUGCGCAACAAUAAGCUCAAGAUCAACUCUAUUUAUACUGGGGCCUGGUCAGAGCUCAGCAGCCUCCAGCUGCUAGAUUUGUCAGGAAACCAUCUGUCCUACGUACCGCCCGACCUGCCGGAGUCCCUGGAAUACCUGUACCUGCAGAAUAACAGGAUAGUGACCGUGUCUGACAGCGCCUUUGAAUCUACCCCUAAUAUAAAAGGAAUCUUCCUCAGGUUCAACAUGCUGUCCCCUGGCUCAGUGAGCGAGAGCGCCUUCCAGGGCCUAGACAAGCUGCAGGUCCUGGACAUUGAGAGUAACCUGGCCGUGCCUAAAGUCUCUGCCAAAAAGGAGGAACAGAAAGAGGAUGAUGAAGAGGAAGAUGACAGGAAAAGAUGAAACAUAACUCUAAGUGCAGAGAAAAACAUCUACAAAUAAGGCUCCCUAUGUGGGUUGUGCAACUUGUACAUGGACAGUGAAGAGAAAAGAUGUGAGUAUCCCCAGUGUACAUCACCAUCCUGCUGCGAGACCCUGCCGUGUACAGCACCACCCUGCUGUGAGACCCUGCCGUGUACAGCACCACCCUGCUGUGAGACCCUGCCGUGUACAGCACCACCCUGCUGUGAGAUCCUGCCGUGUACAGCACCACCCUGCUGUGAGACCCUGCCAUGUACAGCACCACCCUGCUGUGAGACCCUGCCAUGUACAGCACCACCCUGCUGUGAGACCCUGCCAUGUACAGCACCACCCUGCUGUGAGACCCUCCCACGUGCACCACUUUACUACUGCGAGACCCUGCUGUGUACAUCAUCUUCCUGCAAGACCCAGCCGUGUACAGCACCUUCCUGCUGCGGGACCCUGACGUGUACAUCAACUUCCUGCUGCAAGACCUUGCCGUGUACAGCACCUUCCUGCUGCGGGACCCUGCCGUGUACAGCACCUUCCUGCUGCUAGACCCUGCCGUGUACAGCACCUUCCUGCUGUGAGACCCUGCCGUGUACAGCACCUUCCUGCUGCGAGACCCUGCCGUGUACAGCACCUUCCUGCUGCGGGACCCUGACGUGUACAUCAACUUCCUGCUGCAAGACCUUGCCGUGUACAGCACCUUCCUGCUGCGGGACCCUGCUGUGUACAGCACCUUCCAGCUGCGAGACCCUGCCGUGUACAGCACCUUCCUGCUGUGAGACCCUGCUGUGUACAGCACCUUUCUGCUGCGAGACCCUGCCGUGUACAGCACCUUCCUGCUGCGGGACCCUGCCGUGUACAGCACCUUCCUGCUGCGAGACCCUGCUGUGUACAUCACCUUCCUGCUGCGGGACCCUGCUGUGUACAUCACCUUCCUGCUGCGAGACCCUGCUGUGUACAUCACCUUCCUGCUGCAAGACCCUGCUGUGUACAGCACCUUCCUGCUGCGAGACCCUGCCGUGUACAUCAUCUUCCUGCUGCAAGACCCUGCCAUGUACAGCACCUUCCUGCUGCGGGACCCUGACGUGUACAUCAUCUUCCUGCUGCAAGACCCUGCCAUGUACAUCACCUUCCUGCUGCGAGACCCUGCUGUGUACAUCACCUUCCUGCUGCGAGACCCUGUGUACAUCAUCUUCCUGCUGCAAGACCCUGCCAUGAGAGAGCUGUGACCUCUUGCCUGGAUUUGAUGUACAUUCUGGAUAUCUCUAGUAGAUACAACACCACAGAGGACCUAUAACCAAGUGACAUGAGAGAUCUGGUCUCCACGGACCUGCAAAAGCUGGCUUUUGUUGUAUUUUUAUAUUAUAUUAUAAGUAAAUCUGUAGAUGAGCAAA